ACAAGAAAUAUCUGAGAAGGUGGAUACUGUGAUUAUUCUGUAUUUGUAAAUUUAAUCUUAUCAGAAAGCUAUAUUACGAAAAUGAAUAGAAUCUUCGGAAGAGGAAAACCUAAAGAACCAGGCCCUAGUAUAGCAGACUGUAUUACUAAUGUGGAUAGUCGAGCUGAUAAUAUUGAGCAGAAGGUCCAAAAGUUGGAAACCGAGUUAAGAAAAUACAAAGAUCAAAUGGCGAAGAUGCGAGAAGGCCCUGCAAAAAAUAACGUAAAGCAAAAAGCCAUGAGAGUUUUGAAACAGAAAAAAAUGUAUGAACAACAACUAGAGAACCUUAGAAACCAGUCAUUUAACAUGGAACAGGCAAAUUAUGCCACACAAACCCUAAAGGAUACACACACUACUAUAGCGGCUAUGAAAGAUGGCGUCAACCAGAUGAAGAAGGAAUUCAAAAAGAUAAAUAUUGACACCAUUGAGGAUGUCAAUGAUGAGUUGGCGGACAUGUUGGACCAAGCGGAUGAAGUGCAGGAUGCUUUGGGACGGCAGUAUGGAGUGCCAGAGAUUGAUGAUGAUGAAUUAGCCGCAGAGCUUGAUGCACUUGGUGAUGAAAUCGCAUUAGACGAUGACUCAUCAUAUUUGGAUGAUGUGGUCAAAGCUCCAGCUGCACCAGACAAGGAACCGGGAGCUGACAGUAUUCGCAACAAGGAUGGAGUGCCUGUGGAUGAGUUUGGUCUGCCUCAAGUGCCAAGUGCCGCGCAAACGUCACGCUGAUAGAUUGUUAAGUAAGUCUUACCUUUAACUUGAUACAGGCAUUAAACUCGGUUUAACUUUCAACUUUCAAUUAGCGGAAACAUGAACACUGGCAGUUUUAAAACGAACACCUUUGACCAUUAGCAGAGGAUAAAAACACAACAUGUACGAACUUGUAUGAUAAGUUUGAUGUCAAUCUCUUAACUUAAAUAAACACUAAGCAAAUUAAAAGAGUAAACAGCUAUGUCCUGUGCUUUUACACUUACAGUUCCAUCACUUAGUGUUACUUUUCUUAUGAGAUGCUGAGCGUUUUUUUUUGACUCGGUAAUGCAAUUUUUUUUUUAUUUAUAUUUUUAUUUUGUGUAUUCAAACACUAUUAUAUUAACACGUUGAGCGCCACGUCAGCCAUCGGUGGCUGACACUAGAUAUUAUGUUUAGGUCGCGACAACCAGCGGUGGCUGACAGCGUGUAACAUGAGAACUAUAAAAUUUUACACUAUUUUGCGGAAUUACACAAGUUUUUGACGGUUUUACGGAAUUUGUACUGCGAUCGGAAACACCGGCCUUUUAAUACCAGUGCGUUUAAGCAGCGCUCGUGGCCUGUACGGGAUUGUCUUACAAAUACGCGUGGCGCUCAACGUGUUAAUUUUUUUAGAAUAGGUGUAUCGUGAUAAUUUUGAGUUUAUACCUACAUGAAAUUUUAUUUUUUAAAUUAAAUUGCCAUUAUUUAUUAUUAAAAUCGUAGCUUUUAUUACUUUUAUAGGAAUUUGGACCUUAACCUGUAUCAAUAUAAAGAUAAACUUACAUUGUUUAGAUGAAAUAAGAGUUGUAAGCUUCGUAAAUGUUGGAUCUUGAUGUGAUAAGAUUUUAUUUAUAAAAUUUAUUUCGUAAACCAAAUGCUUUAAAAAUCUUCUUGUUUAAAAUAUUCGUACAUAAUUGUUUAAUAUACUUCA